AUGACACUUGAGUAUCAAAGCGAAGGCGUUUGGCUUCGUACUGAGGUGGUCGGUUUCUGUGCUGAAUUCAUCGACAUGGUGAAAUUUGCUGCCUUUCUCACAAAAUUGUCCAAUAUUGCCGGUUAUCAGCAGUUGGUUGUAUCAGAUGGCGAUUCAUCCCAAGAAAUGGAAGAAGACGAAGACGAUUCGCAAAGUGAUCAAUCGGAUGAAUACAUCUCGAUGUAUCCUGAAUUCGCCGUCUUGAAAGACUACACGGCAAUGGCUGUGACUCCACAGUAUAUUGAGCUGGUUGUCGCCGGACAGGCACAUCGUUUUGGACAUGGACCUCUGGUUCCUCGUCCGCUUCCGCGUCCUCUUCCGCGUGGUCGUGGUCGUGCCGGUGCUCAAGGGGCUCCAGGCUAUGAAUACAGAAAGGCUCCAACACAGCCUAAGGACAAAUGGAUGGCCUACGUCAUCCCAGGCGUGAUUCUACAGGACUUGGCAAACCAACAAUACGUGGAUGUCUUUGAGUCUCAUCUCGGAGACCUAUCGAGUCGAUUAGAGAAGCCCAAGGAGUCAGCUGCAUGUUAUGGAAGGGCUAUUCGACUUGAACCGAACAACUGGAAACAUUACGAAAAGAGGAUCCCCACACUGGACAUGCUCGGCAUGCGGUCCUUAUCGAUGAAAACCCGUCUUCAAGCAGCUCAAAUGAUUAACCAUUCAACAGCCAACGUCGAUUUCGAGUGUUUUUCGAAAUUAAUCAAGACGGUUGCUGAAUAUUACAUUAGCAUCAAUGAUGAGGAUAAAGCCAUUCAAGCGCUUGAGUCAUAUGUUUUGAGGAGUAAACUAUUUGCCCGAGAAGCCGAAUCUCAACAUGAAACAUUGAUAAAAAUGUGGAUGUCAAAGGAUAAAUUCGGCGAAGCUUCCAAAUCGAUAUUGGCUUUGUGCUCUGAUCGAAUCAAGGCGAAAAACCCCGAUGUGUCACCGGCAGUUACGGUAACUUUCAAAAACGCGACGUUUGCCAUUGAGCCUUAUCCGCCUCCAGCUUCGACAUAUUUUGAAAUUGAAGACUCGGUGUCGAUGAAUAUACUUUAUCGCUUGUGCGUCUGCUUGAUCAAAAGCAACAAUAAAAAUUUAGCACAGGUCAUUCCAUUUUUACUACGGCGAUCAUUCAACACUCGAGAAGCCGAAGAAUUAACAUUGGACAUUGCCAGAGCUUAUGCUCAAAUUACCGCGCAUCCAGCAGCAAGAAGGUUUCUCGAGCAAUUGUUAGAUCUCGGUCAGUUUACCCAUUGUGCCAAUCUAUGGUUUUUGCUUGGAAAUGCGUUGAUGGUAAGGUAUAUCAUGCGUUCUUUGGUAAAAUCUUCGGGAAAUCAUGCUUUACAAAUAAUGAGCGGAAACAAUCCUCUUAUCGCUGGAACAUAUAGGCAUGCAUUAUGUGUAUAUUUCAAAGUCUGGUCGGACAAUAGGAAUAAUGCCUUGAUUUGUUUCUUGAUUGGCCUAGCAUUUAUUCAUAGGUCCUGCAAGAAAGAUUUGAGUAGCAGACAUAUGGUUGCAUUGAGGGGAUUGGCCUUUGUAAAACGUUACGAGAAAAUGCGAACCGUGCGACAAGAAGUUUCUUACAAAUUCGGAAGGGUGCUCCAUCAGCUGAGCAUCACACCGUUGGCGAUCCAUUUCUACAAAUUGGCAUUAGCAGAACCGUCGCCGGUGAUUGUAACUUAUGAUGAAGACGGAAAUGAGCAUUUGGAAUGUUUGGACAAGUAUGAUCUACGGCACUUCGCCGCACACAAUCUUGUCCUUAUCUACCAAGCGAGCGGCAAUGACGUAUUGGCAAGAAAUAGAUAUCAAAAAUAUUGCAUUGUG